CGACAUCAAAGAACACCUCUUCCAACAAAUCUACUUGUACAACCAAUACUCCGCAGCAUAAGGAACCUCGAACGCCUCGGGCAUGCCCUCGCAAGUCUUAGGCGGCUGUCCACCAGCGGUGUUCAACCGAUAAACCUCCUUAAACACCUGCCCAUCAUCAGACUUAGCAUCAAGUCUCAGCCACGCCACAGGUCCAUUCCCCGAAUUAUACGGCCCAGGAACCGCUGUAUCAGGCGCGGGAGUCGAGUCGCCCUUCUUGAACGCGCCAUUGCCGUAAGCGUGAGCGCCCGUAUCGAGGUCGAAGAAAGGCGUCUUGUCGUCGGUGAAGUAGUGGUGGCCGGACAUGCCUUGGUAGAGCGGGGAAUUGAAGUCGGCGGUGUUGGGGAUUGGGAGAUCGAGGGCGAUGGGGCAGAUGCGGGAGAGCAGGUCGGGCAUGUCUGCUGCGAGGCAGGAGACGUUGAAAAGGGUUGCUACGGCUCCUGCGGCGACGGGCGCGGCGGUGCUGUUGCUGAGGUCGCAGGUGUAAUUUUGGGAGCCGCGGCCGAUGGCGACGUGGCCCAGGGUGAGGCCUUCUGCUGGGGGUGGGAGUGGGAUGGGUGCUGCGUUGGGGUGUUAGUGGGUGUUGGAGAUGGAAAUG